UGUGUUCAUCUCAUCCUCUCCUCGUUCCCUAUGGCAGAAAAACCGGUUGCUUCGAUUGCGGUGCCCGCUAAGGACCCUAAGAAGAAAGAAACCAAAGAUCCUAAGGACGGUCCUUCCAAACCCAAUGGCGACGCCAAGGAGGAGCAGGAGUUGUCGGAUGAGGAUCUCCAGCUGAAGGGAGAGCUUGAGAUGCUGGUGGAACGAUUGAAGGAGCCAAACACGGAUCUGUAUCGCCCAGCACUGGAGACGCUACGAACAUUAAUACGAACAUCGACCUCGUCAAUGACGUCCGUGCCGAAACCACUCAAAUUCCUCCGGCCACAUUAUCCAGAUUUACAAGCUCUGUACGAUUCAUGGCCUGCGUCUGAAGACAAGAGCCUCUUUGCGGACAUACUCUCCGUCCUGGCCAUGACCUACUCCGACACCCAACCACGGGGAACGCUCCGCUAUCGCCUUCUCUCAGCUUCCCUUCUCCCUUCAACGUCGUCCCUCUCCGACCCUGGCUCCUGGGGGCACGAGUAUGUUCGGCAUCUAGCGGCUGAGCUGGGUGAAGAGUAUAUUGACCGGUUGGAGGAGAAGCAAGACGCUACCAAGGUACUCGGGACCAUAGAAGAACUACAUGCCUUGGCGUUACAAUGUGCUACCUUCUUACUUGGACACAAUGCCGAACCGGAUGCUGUCGACCUAUUGGAGGAGUUGGAGAUUGUAGACCGCAUAGCGGAACUGGUCGACGAGAACACAUACGGGCGGGUAUGUGCAUACAUGGUCCGCUGUGUCAAUCUCCUCCCUCCUCCCGACGACGUUGCCUUCCUCCGCACCGCACACAAGAUCUACAUCCAGCACCAGAAAUUCCCUGAAGCGCUCACCCUCGCCAUCCGACUGAACGAUCAGGAGCUCAUUCGGGACGACUUCAACGCGCCCGGAAAUCCACUCAUGAAACGCCAGUUAGCGUUCAUCCUUGCGCGCGCGCAGAUUCCGAUCGAGUGGUUACGGCCCCCAUCAGCCGAGGAGGACGAUGCGGCCGACUUCCAAGACGAGCUCCCGGACGAUUUGCUCGAGUGUUUGAGCAACAGUCGGCUAAGCACGCACUUCAAGGCAUUCGGCAAGGAAGUCGGCGUAGAGGAGCCGAAGAGUUUGGAAGACGUAUAUAAGUCACACCUAGAAAACACCAGGGCGGGCGCUACGCAGAAUGUGGACUCCGCAAGGGCUAAUCUUGCGGGCACUUUCGUCAACGCGUUUGUCAACGCUGGAUUCGGUAACGACAAGCUCAUGGCCGAAGCGGAGGAAGGAAACAGCUGGGUCUACAAGAACAAAGAACACGGCAUGUUCAGCGCUGCAGCUAGUCUAGGCCUUAGUCUACUUUGGGAUCCGGAUGUCGGCCUUAGUCAAGUGGACAAGUACACGUACUCUUCGGAAGAGUACAUCAAGGCAGGCGCGUUUCUUGCCACCGGCAUCCUCCACACCGGUGUCCGCUCAGAAGCGGACGCUGCCCUUGCGCUUCUCGGCGAGCACAUCGAGAAUAAGUCCGUACCGCUGAGGACGGCUGCGAUUACCGGCCUCGGCCUUGCAUACUCCGGCUCACAUCGGGAAGACCUGCUGUCGCUGCUUGUAUCCCUGGUCAGCGAUGAGGGGCUUUCGAUGGAGAUUGCCAGCCAGGCUGCGCUUGCGCUGGGCUUCAUCUUCGUCGGCAGCGCGAAUGGUGAGAUUGCCGGGACUAUCCUGCAGACGUUGAUGGAGAGGGAGGACAAGCAGCUGGACGACAAGUGGGCGAGGUUCAUGGCCCUUGGUCUGGCUCUCCUUUACCUUGGCAUGCAGGACGCCUCGGACGCCACUAUCGAGACGCUGAAGGCGAUUGAACAUCCCGUGGCGAAGCAGGCCCUCAUUCUCGUCGACAUCUGCUCGUUCGCUGGUACUGGUAACGUGCUCAAGGUUCAAGCAAUGCUGCACCAUUGCGACGAGCACAUCGACACCAAGAAGGGCGAGAAGAAGGAUGAGAAGAAGGACGAGAAGAAGGAUGAGGAGGAGGCCAAGGAGGAAGCACCAGUCGACGACACCUAUCAGGCCUUCGCCGUCAUCGGCAUCGCAUUGGUCGCGAUGGGCGAAGAUAUUGGAGCGGAAAUGUCUCUCAGACAGUUUAACCACCUCAUGCACUAUGGCGAGCCCGUCAUCCGGAAAGCCGUCCCGCUCGCCCUCGGGCUCGUCAGUGCGUCGAACCCGCAACUCCCUAUCCUCGACACCCUUUCGAAGUACAGCCACGACAACGAUUUGGCUGUGGCACUCAACGCGAUAUUUGCGAUGGGUCUUGUCGGCGCCGGCACGAAUAACGCCAGACUAGCGCAGAUGCUCCGACAGCUCGCCGGCUACUACUACAAGGAGCCGGACUGCCUCUUCAUGGUUCGGAUUGCCCAGGGACUGGUGCAUAUGGGCAAGGGCACGAUAGGCAUCAACCCCUUCUUCUCUGACCGCAGCGUCAUGAGCCGGACUGCCGUGGCCGGCUUGCUGGCAACAAUAACAGCGUUCACGGACGCGAAAGCUUUCAUCCUUGACAAGUGCCACUGGAUGUUGUACUUCCUCACCCCGGCGAUGUACCCAAGAAUGCUGAUCACGCUCGACGAGAACCUUGAGAACAAGGCUGUGACUGUGCGGGUUGGACAGGCCGUCGACGUCGUUGGCCAAGCGGGCAAGCCACGCACAAUAUCCGGCUUCCAGACACACACGACACCCGUGCGAAUCGGGACAACGGAACGAGCGGAACUGGCCACGGAGGAGUUUAUUCCUUUCGCGCCUGUGCUGGAAGGCUUCGUGAUCCUGCAGAAGAAUCCGGGCUGGGAGGAAGACAGAAUGGAAUUGUAGGCCUUCGUUGUAUUGUGCAUCUGCUAUCCCUGUUAUUGUAUAUAGCGUAAUUCAAGCAGUCAUCUGGCCGAACUGCAGAACUG